UAGCGGGCUACCUUGGGAGCGUGUGUUCUCCUUGUCACCCGUUGCUGUACCUCGGGCCGGAGGUUCAUCACCGGAGCUGGGUUCAAGCUUGGCCGAAUAAUUGAGCUCCUUCCUAACCGUUUGCAGCUGCCGAGGAUUCCCUCGGACUAGUCGCUGAGUGCCAGGAUGCCGCGGAUAAUGAUUAAAGGAGGUGUCUGGAGGAACACGGAGGAUGAGAUUCUUAAAGCAGCGGUUAUGAAAUAUGGCAAAAACCAGUGGUCUCGUAUUGCAUCUCUGCUGCACAGGAAGUCAGCCAAACAAUGCAAAGCUAGAUGGUAUGAAUGGCUGGAUCCAAGUAUCAAAAAGACAGAGUGGUCAAGGGAGGAAGAGGAAAAGUUACUGCACUUGGCAAAGCUUAUGCCAACACAGUGGAGGACCAUUGCACCAAUUAUUGGCAGAACAGCUGCCCAGUGUUUGGAACAUUAUGAAUAUCUUCUUGACAAAGCUGCACAAAGAGAUCAAGAAGAAGAAACUGCUGAUGAUCCUCGAAAGCUUAAACCUGGUGAGAUUGAUCCAAAUCCAGAAACAAAACCAGCCAGGCCUGAUCCAGUGGACAUGGAUGAAGAUGAACUUGAGAUGCUCUCUGAGGCGAGAGCACGGUUGGCUAAUACUCAAGGCAAGAAAGCGAAGAGGAAAGCACGAGAAAAGCAACUUGAAGAAGCCAGGAGACUUGCAGCACUUCAGAAGCGCAGGGAACUGCGAGCUGCUGGAAUUGAGAUACAAAAGAAAAGGAAAAAGAAGAGAGGAGUGGACUACAAUGCUGAAAUUCCCUUUGAAAAGAAACCUGCAACAGGUUUUUAUGAUACUGCUGAGGAAAACCAUCAAGCACUCGAACCAGACUUCAAAAGACUCCGCCAACAACAUUUGGAUGGAGAGCUAAGAUCGUAAGUUGCAGCAAAAUACUAAAUUCUA